UGUGCGGAUACUUUUUAUUAUCAAAAAGACAAAGAUGAAGAUGGUGUGGAUGUAUGCAGGAAUGAAGGUUGCGAGUGCGAAUUUGCUGCCUGGAGAGAGGCCGCCGGUGGUGCAUACGUACCGCAAUGCAUACGGGACGCACUUUGAUGUGUCGUCGACGUGGAUGUUGCUGCUAGGAAUGUAUGUGGUGUUUGUGGUGGGUGGGUUAUUGCUCUUGUCGGUGAUCCCGGUGCGCUUCGCGACGAAUGAGAAGUUGGAGGCGCCGUUUGUGCUCUGGUUUGGAUCUACAAAGAAGAAGAAGAAGAAGAAGAAGAAGGUGAAGCGCGUUGAGAAGAAACAAGAAGAUGAACCAGUUGAGACUGAGAGCUUGCUGUGGCGAGCAUCGACCUGGAUGGUGCAGACCAUACGUAGAUUUUUCGCGUCUGCUCCAAGCCGUGACGCCGAUGUGCGCUAUCGCUUCCACGCAGAUAUGACCCAGCAGUUGGCAGCGUCGGUCGCAACCGCCAAGACGUACGAAAGUAUUAAAAUACCGGUCGCUGAGACUACGGAUGACUUCGAGACGAAAUCACCUCCUCCACAGGAGAAUCUGAGCGGAGCUGUGACUGCAGUCGUUGAGUUUAAAACUCCAGCUUCGACCGGUGAUUUACGUACGUCUACGCGUCCUGCGAGCCGCUCGAGUAUCUUUGUAUCGACACCACCGUCUCCGCCUUCUGCUGGAAGGAUGCAGCAACGCAGCACCAGACUCGGUAGCGAUGCAAGCUCUGUCAAAGCCGAGUCAAUUGGUCGUCGUUCGCGCGCAACUUCAGGUGCUAGUAUGGUGGAGACAAAGGAGGAUUUUGUACGUGCAGCGUCGCGUCGUCAAUCCAUGGCUGUUCGAACCGAGAGACGUGUGGCGUUGGCACGUGAAGAUGUGUCCUAUGAAAACUUGGAGGACGAUGAGAUGCAAGUUUACGAAUAUCUCGAGUUUGUCCGCGAGCUACUUGAUGGUCUAGCCCUAAAGAAACUCUGUCAGAAAAGUGGCCGUGUGGUUUCUCGCAAAUUGUACAUCACAGCCGACAUGCAGGUUGUUUUUUGGAACUCGAUCGGUGCGAUUAAGCGGCAAACACGGAAAAGCAGUCUGCGAACAGAGCUCAUCGAAAGUGUUGAGAGAGGAGUCCACGGUAGCGAUAAAGUCGUGGCUAGAUCGACACCCGAGCGUGAAGCACUUUGUGUAUCCAUCCGCUGCAGCGACGGUAAAAUGCUGGUGUUGGAGGCCAAAACUGAAGCCAUGAGGCAACGACUAUUCCUCGGUUUCUCUAGAUUAGCUCAAGAGAAGCACGAAGAGGAGAAAGCAGCAGCGACCAUCCCGGAGGAAAGGGAAGAAGAAUUUGACGAUCGAGACGAACACAAGACACUGGCUGAAACACAGACGAAAAUGAUGCCUACGAUAGCUGAGGGUUCACUUGAGAGAGCUUUGGCUGUAACAGAGGCCCAUGAGAGCGAGCUUGAGUACGAGGAGAAAGCUGUUGCACCGGUGCUAGAAGAAACGGUACUGCGGCAUGAGCUUCUCUCGGUUAGAUCAAGCUACGGUCAAGCUGAUGAUAUCGAUGAGGUCUUGCAUGCGGUAUCAACUCCGUUGGACGAGGACGAUAUAUCGCUACUACAGCGCGAAGAAGGGCAUCAAGAAGAGCAACGCGAGGAAGAAAAAUCGGAGGAGAGAGUGGUAGACGACGAUAUUGAAAAUCUCAGCGACGACCCGGAAUUGAGCCGAGAGUAGGCUGGUUCAUGCAGACGUUCAUAGGUUUUCAGCAAUCAAACUGCUUAGAUGCAGAUCCGGUUUAACUAACAACAAGGACGCUAAAGCUUCACGUGCACAAACUGCGGUGUCGACUGUGCCGUCAUGGAGUUUACGGUCAUCACUCUUAUUUGUGGCUUCAUUUUUUCCA